AUGGCAGAAGCAAGAGCCCAACAAUUUCGCAGCCUCCACCAGCCCAGCAAGCCAGUGGUAUUCGCAAAUGUCUACGACGCACCAACAGCAGAAGUGGUAGCCACCCACCCCGCAACGAAGGCCCUCGCAACAGCCAGUUUCGCCAUUGCGGCCGUCAACGGACGCGCCGAUGACGACCUCGACCUGAACACAAAUCUAGCUGCCUUGCAGCGCAUCAUCCCAAUCGCUCUGAAAAACGAAAAACCCAUUACAGUCGAUCUGCAAGACGGCUACGGCGACCAGCUAGAACACGCCAUCGAAAGCAUCAUCACCCUCGGAGCGUCUGGGUGUAAUAUUGAAGAUCGCGAUAAUAAUACCGGGUGUCUGUUUCCACUGGAUGAAGCAGUAGAUCGUAUUCGCCGGGCUGUGUCUGCUGCUACGAAGGCCUGUGUCCCGAGCUUUGUGGUGAAUGCGCGCACAGAUGCUGUUAUCAAGAAUAAUGAUGUUGAGGAGGCGAUCUUGCGUGGACAAGCAUAUUUGGAGGCUGGCGCUACGACUGUUUUUGUCUGGGGUGGUCCGGAGCGGGGGUUGGCUACUGGAGAAGUUGUUCGGCUAUGUCAUGCUUUCGAGGGCCGAUUGAAUGUCAUUGCGCGUCUUGAAGGUGGGCUGUCUGUUCGUGAGCUUGCGGAGAUUGGUGUGGCUAGGAUUAGUAUUGGGCCUGCUUUGUGGAGGCAUGCGAUGGACGCUUUUCGACGGAAAGCUGAGACUUACCUGGAUCAACUGGGGGAAGGCGAGUCGAGGUGUGAAGAUAAGCUAGGAGAGUAG